CCCCGUGCGUUAUCAGAAGGGGGGCGGUGGCUCGGCUCGUCUGUGGCCGGACACUUUUUUGUCGGUUAUCGCCGGCUUGCGAUAAUGAUGGCCGUGUGUGUUGUUGGAGAGAUCGUGAGCGCGCUCGACGUCGUCGUCGUAGACGCGACCGCCGCUCGUGCACACCGCCGACGACGACGACGGCGAGCGAGCGAGCAAGCGAGCGAGCAGACGAAAGAACGAACGAACGAACGACCGCGGCAUCCAUCCGCCCCUCUCUUGCGCUGUCGAACCGCCGUCUACCGAGACGAAUGGUUCUGCGACGGGAUGCUCGUCGCACUGGCGAGAUCCUAGCGGCUUUGAACUCUGUCGUUGCGGGUUCAUGCGGGAUAACGGCUGAAUGAGAUUAUCGAAUAAUAUCGUUGCUAUGAGAUGCUCCUGUGUAUGUUUUUAUAUGUCUCUCUAAUGGAUCUGGCAGAAACUAUGAAGAACAUUGUAGCCAAGGGUAUGCAAACAGAAAUGGGUCCACCAGGUGGAGGAUCAGGCUAUCCUGCUACACCAAGCAGUGCUGGUUACGUUACGGAGAAGAUAUACAUGUUGUUACAAGCAUACUUGCAAAACAAAGGAUGGAAUCCUGGUAUCGAGUUGCUGCAGUGUUUCACUGAGUUCAAGGAUGCAUCCAUGAUGCCCAGCGCUGCCUAUUUACAAAUGAUGGCAUCCAGGGUUGCAUUGGACUCACAGGGAAGAUUGGUUCUCCGUGAAAACGGGAAGAUAAUACUCCCCUAUGAGCACUUUGCUAAUGCUGUAAUGCUGAAACAUAUGAAUGGCCCGCACGGCUUACAUCUGGGCUUGGAGGGUACAGUCAGGGCAGUCAUGGAAUCGUACACCAUUGGUAGAGAGUGCUUCGGGAUGGAGAAGGAGUUUAUAAUAGAAGUCGUGCAGAAUUGUCCCAAUCCGGCUUGUCGUUAUUACAAAAAUCAGCUGGAACUCACUCAGAAGAUGGGCCAUAUGGCUCCCACUUACAUUCAGGAAAAUGAAGCGACUGCGUCUCUUCUGCGUACUGGUUUCCCGCACAGUACGGACUUUCAGGCGCAGACGCUGAGCAGUACCAAUCCGAAUACGCACAUAGGAGGAGGAUCCACAGCAGAUUUACCGGAAAUGAGGAGUGCUGGCAAUCAAAUGAAUCUUCAACGUCCUCCAAGCCGUCCGUCAUUAAAUAUUCCGCAUCGGCCUGUAUCGCAAGAGAAGAAAGUGCCAUCUGGCAAGCAGCAUUACGAGUCACUGUUAUCUAAUAUACCGAUCUCCGACCAUAAGCUGACAGACUUUUUACGCACUAACCUGGAUAACCUGGACAAUCUCGGUGGACUCGGUUUAGGAAACUUACAAGGACUAGGAAACGCCAAUAAGGACCUAUUGGCACUGCAUAACGGUGCGUGGCCUUUAGAAAAUGAGAAAGGAUCUCGGUCGUCGUCUACAAGUUCGGAAGGUGGUCAAGAGAAGAUUGUACGCGCUUUCGCAGAAGUAAUGAAGAACAUGGCGAGAAUGAAAGCUUGCGUACGGCCAGCAAUGUGCAAGCCAUACGGCAAACAGUCUGAGGCUCUGCAAAAAACAUUGGUCGACACAAUACAACUUGUACAAUCGCUGAGAAGCUUCUUGCCGCCCCCGCAUAUUCCAGUCUCGAGCUGGAAAAACGAUGAUAAACACCGAUUAGAUCACACCGGUACUUCUUACAUGUCAACAUUAAAAACCGGUGCAAUGGAAGAACUGUGCGAGCAGCGUAAGUUAGACUAAGCGUCGUCCUCGCUUCAUUCGCGACAGACCGUGGUCUCGUCUUUCGCGCUCUAUGAUGUUCUAGUCACAAGAUGUUUAUCGAUUAGUUGGGUGUUUCGUAUCUAAACAACCCGAUGGAUUGCUCAAAAGUUGUUGGCGUUUAGGACUUCAAAUACUAAGAGACAAAAUGGGUCAUGCGUGGACUGUGAUAAACGUGGGUAGCGUGAAAAAAAAAGAAGAUUUAUAUGUAGGACUCUAAACUCACACACCGCGUCAUUUUACGACAGACCCGUUCAAGUAUCGGACAAGGUCUUGUGAGCGAAAAGUUCCGCCCUUUCCGUUGAUAACAAGCGUGGUGCAAGCGGUUUUGGAAUUACCUUCGCUCCACGAACUUGGACAGGCCUGUCCGAGGGGAUUCUUACUAGCUUUAUUUUAUCGUUGUAACUUGAUUUUGCGUAUCGCUCUCCAGAUCUGCCUAUGGGGCUUAUCUAUUAUAAUGCUUAUUAUAAGGCGAAAGUAAUGCGAACUAAUCGAAUCCAGCAUUACCAAAUGCUGAACGAUCGAGGCUACAUAUAAAUAAUAUGCAGCAGUAUGAAAGGAAGAGAGGCGUAUGAGAACAGCAUUUAUAUUUUACUGUAUCGAUUUAACGAUUUGCCGCUUGUGUUCCCAUAAUUACCUGAUUAAUGAUAUAUCGUAGAGCUUUUUUAUAUACAUACUAUGUAUAAAAUUGUUACAUGAGCGUGUGAAACCUAGUCGGAGUGAGGUGGGAGCGAGGACUAAAUUGGCCUGUCGCGCAAAAAAAGAAAAGGAACAAAAAAGGUGCUUUUGCUAUUAAACGAUAUUUAACAAGUUAGCGACAUUAUUCGGGACUGAUCGUGUGAAGGCAGGGAACGACGAUUCCUUCGAAAACCGUCGAGAACCUUGCGUUAUUUCGUUCUUGUAUGUUUUUAACUGUUUGUUACAUAUAUAUAUAUCUCCUUUUUAAUGUAGUUUUAAAUUAAUGUAGGACGGAAUUAUUCGACUAGUGAAGGAGAUUGCUGUGUUCAAUUUGUGUAUAUAUAUUUUCUCCAAAAGAAAAAAAGGUAUAUGACAUGCGUUAUUAUUUAUUUUUAAGAAUAAGAGAUCAGCGAAAGUUAUCGCGUUGUUACCUCUAGUACUGUUCGCUAAUCGAGCACGCGUACGAAUGUUGAAAGGUUUGCAAUACUCCGUUAAGCUCCAUGGGCAGUAUAUGUGCGGUGUGCACGUAAAAAAAAAAGAAAUCAUUGGUCAAUUCAUAGGUAUUUUUUAAGAAACAAAUUAUUUCUUAAUAUAUAUAUAUAUUAUAUAUAUACAUAUAUAGUAAAGAAAAAAAAGGAGAACGAAAUCGUUACAUCAUUAGAGGAUUCUUAAGGCGGUGUGAUUCGCACUGACGCUCAAAGACUUUUCACCGUGCACUAAGUAUUAUUAUUACGUAGAAACGUUUUUACCCUCGCGAGGGAAACUGCGGGAUCGGGGCGGGGAGGGGGAAGGGCGUGGGGAGCCGCGUUUGUGAUUUACGGUACAUAUACAUCGAUCGCUCGAGGUAAUCGAGUAGCAUAAGAAAAAAAAACAAAUAAAUAUACGGCAUAUCGCGUCAUCAGUCGUCGCAGGGGUAGAAACUGUUUCCCACACGAUUGUUAUAAUACGCAUUGUAAGCGAUGGUAAAAUGUUUCCUUCUUUCUCGAUAAUGUAAAGUUACCGGCAUUCGUCUUUGAAUGUAAGCAACAUAAAUGCGUGUACUGCGCAAGCAAGCAAGCAAGCAACGUGCAAAGUAAGCGCGCGGCACUACGAGAGUGCAUGUGGGGCUGUGUUUCGUGAUGUGUGUGUCUCUGAUAGGUGAGAAUGCGGAGUUUUGGCUAUCAAAUAGCGAAAUUUUAUAUGAAUGCGAGCGUAUGUUGGUGAAGAUAUGUCUUUCUAUACAUAUGUAUCUGUUAUACUAUAUUUAUUUACUACGUAUGCAGCGAACGUGUGCCGAUCGAUCACCAAACUAGGAGUCGGAUCCGUGGUCUGAGAAAUUGUACAAUCAUUCGCUCUCUUUUUGUCUAUCUCUUCUCUUUAUCUCCUGCCAUAUUCGCUGCACUCGGAAAAACGGGAAGUAUGAUCGGAGUCACGGAUUUAUUCGUAACGAUGGACGCAUUCGUAAAUAUACACAGAAUAUCAUUGUCGAUAGUGGUUCUUUAUUUUGUCCCUUAUAGAUGGAUAGUAGUUUCGUUUUUACAUACGCACGUAGAUCCGGCUUCUAUAAGACUGCGUUUUUCGUUGACAUACAUAUACAUUGACAAAGAGGCUGCUGCUACUGCUGCUAAUAUGAUUCGUAAUUCGACGAUAACUUGUUGCACACCAAAGUGUAUUUCCAAUAACUAGAUGGACUUAUUUCUUAUAGUAGCUAUUAUAUAAAAAAAAAGGAAAAAAGGAGAAAAGAGAUGUAAACGUACCGCCGUUUGUCCUUUGUCGUCGGUUGUGUAACUGACGGCGCGACUAAGCAUAUCCACGUCACUGCAGUUAUGCCAAAUGGGGAAAAAGGGAGCGCGGAAACAGAGUCUGACUGAUUGUGAGAGGAGAAGAUUGGUCCGACAAAUGGAAUCUUUCGAGACAUUUGAGACUUUGGAGACUGCGUUCAAGACCACAACGACACAAAAUUAAGCUUAUUCCCUGUUCGAGAACAUUUGUGCAAUUGGUCGGGACAAUUCGGCGAGAGAAAGAGAUUUUGUGCAUUAGUAUUAUCAAAGCGAAUUCGCAGCACUGUGAAAAUUCGGUUGUUUUAAUCCUUUGCACUCGAGAGGCGAUUCUCAGAUUUGAUGCAACAACUCGAAUAGCGAGUGAGAGGCGACAAUAACUGCUUAUGUUUAAUCCCGAUAGUACUGAAAUACGAUAGUUUUAUAUGUUAAUUUAUGUAUAAUUUAUUUUUGUUAGCUGUAACAAAUUUCAUCAUCUUUUUAUCAAAACAGCUUCUAGUUGCUAGUUCGCUAUAGCGGAAAAAUCGAGUGCAAAGGGUUAAUUCUCGUUCUACUCUAUACAUUUCGCUACGAUACUUUCUACCACAACCGCAGCUUGAUAUUGUACACAGAGAAAAUAUUGCGGUAAAAAUUACAACAAAAUUUAACAACAUUUUUUAAUCUGAGAAAAUAAAAAAUUGUGAUCGAAAUUACUUUGUUUAAAAAUUUUAUGCGUGUUUAACUUUUUAUUACCAAAUUACUGGUGUAAUUACUUGAAUUUAUAUCAUAUUCGCGAUAGAUCGUAAUUAAUAUCAUAUUAUCAAACUCAUAAAACUUAAAAAAAAAAUUAUUUAAAAUAAAAUAUGAUCUUAAUGUAAUUUUUGCUGCAAUAUUUUCUCUAUGUAUGUGUCGAUCGUGGGUAGACCGCUGAAUUAAAUUUUAAGAAUUAAAUUCUAACGUCUUUACUAAAUAUCGAUUAAACCUUAAAUCUUAAACUAAGUUUAAGUCUAUAUCCGAAUAGAAUUUGAACUUAGGUUGAGGUUUAAUCGACGUUAAUAGAAACAAGCAUAAAAAGACUUAUUCUCUUCAUAAAGCCUAACUUUGACGUUGCAAUUACUGUGACCAACGUAAAUUGUAUCUAACUUUGGCAUAUUCUUCCUUCCAGCUCACAGUUUGCGCCAUAUCUAUCUCUUGUGUUGAUAAUUGGUGAAUUAAUUGAUAAAAUAAUUGGCAAAGAGAGACUUAAUUCGUCGAGUUGCUACAACUUUCGCUUUGAGAACAUAAAUUCUCUUUAGCCAAUUGCCUCGACCAAAUCGUAAAGAUAUGUUUUCGAACGCAGUCGAGCGCACGAAAGAAAGGCAUGGAAAAAGAAAAAUUACAGAUUUCGUUUCCGGAUCUCGUUAUUCUCACGCCAUAUCUAUACCAUAGGCCGUGUACACGUUUCCGCACCGAAUUCGACAGUAAGGAUAAUAAACGAUGUAAAAUGCGCACCGUCGUCGAUCCGGUUUCUUUUUUAACACGGAUCGCUUAAUGAUAUUCGUACACCAAACGCUAACCGCUGUGUCUGCACAUUUUAAGCUCGUCGUCGCUUGUCAGUAUUGCUCUUCUGUAUUCUCGCAUAAUUCUAACUCAUGACAGCAAUUAUUAAAGUUUUUACAAGUGUGA